AUUGUACUCGCCUCUUGACAGGCAACUCGAUCGCAGUUGCAGGUCUUGGCUCUUCCCAGGCUCGAUCAUCACCAUCUUUCUUUCCUUCGCCACUAAGAACCUCACAAGCGGUGAACACUCUAGUCGUCGGUACAUUCCUAUUUCCCUGUGAAGGGUCAGUUCCGGCGAAAUGUCUGUUCUAUUAGAAACCAGCGUGGGCGAUAUCGUGAUCGACUUGCUCGUCGAUUACGCGCCCAAAAUGUGCGAAAAUUUCCUCAAGCUCUGCAAGGUCAAAUACUACAACUUCUCCCCGAUACACUCGAUCCAGAAGUCGUUCUCCUUCCAGACUGGCGACCCUCUCGGACCCAUGGCUCCUCAAUCUGAUGGCGGCACUUCAAUAUGGGGUCUCCUCUCAGGCGAUCCGGCCGAUCGGACCUUCACCGCACUCUUUCACCCUAAACUCAAACACCUCGAGCGAGGCACAGUCAGCAUGGCGACAGUACCCCACCCCUCCGACCCGGAUCAACGCGUGGCGGCUUCACAAUUCAUCGUGACACUGGGAGACAACACAGAUUACUUGGACGGCAAGGCGGCCAUCUUUGGCAAGGUUGUCGAGGGGUUUGACGUGUUAGAAAAGAUCAACGACGCCAUCGUCGACGACCGCGGACACCCCCUCGUCGACAUACGCAUCAAGCACACCGUGAUCCUCGACGAUCCCUACCCAGAUCCGGCAGGUCUGCGGGAGCCUAGCAGCUCGCCCCCUCCAACCAAGGAACAAUUAGCUACCGUGCGCAUCGCCGAGGAUGAGGAGCUCCUUGACGAAGAAGCCAACGAGGAAGCAGCCGCCGAGGCGGAGAGGAGGAGGAAGGAACGCGAAGCGGCUGCGCAGGCCCUCACUCUUGAGAUGAUGGGAGAUCUGCCCUUUGCCGAGGUCAAGCCCCCGGAGAACGUGCUCUUUGUGUGCAAGCUGAACCCGAUCACGACCGACGAGGACCUGGAGCUUAUCUUUAGCCGUUUUGGCAAGAUCCUCAGCUGCGAAGUGAUUCGGGACGCGAAGACCGGCGAUAGCCUGCAGUACGCCUUCAUCGAAUUUGAAGACCGGAAGAGCUGCGAGGAGGCCUAUUCCAAGAUGGACCAAGUCCUGAUUGACGACCGCCGGAUUCACGUCGACUUUAGCCAGAGUGUGAGCCGUCUGAGCCAAGCAUGGCGGAACGAGACCAAUGCGAAACGCAGAAAGGCAGCCGCGAGGAGAGGUGGCGGCGGCUGGGGUGGUAUCAAGGAGUUGGAGAAGCGGCGACAGUACCGUAACGAAGAUGUGGAGUCGGAUGACGACAGGGGUUACAAGAUGGUCCACGGAGUGGAAGAUUUUCAUGGGCGGCACGGAAAAGGCGAUGAUUCAUCUAGAGGCGCGCGGAGAGGCCGUGGAUCCGAUCAAGAUGAUGGACAAAACCGGCGAAAUGCGCGCUCGCCGGACACUCACGGGGAGAGGUACAAGCCCAGUUACGAUAACAGGAGACGUGACCCGAAACGGCGCAGCCUAAGUCCCCGGGGGGGCCGCUACCGGGAUGACCGACAUGAUCGACGGGAAGAUGUUGGAGGAAGCCGGGACGACAGGGAAUGGCCCCGCCGAGAUCGUAGGGAUCACGAUCGAGAUCGACGGGAUGGGAAAGACAGGGAUAGGUACCACGGGGGCGACUAUUAUAGACGCAGGUGAGCAACCCUUACCUCGCAAGCUGUCCGCUCGGUGCGACGGACAGUUUGCUUCGCAGCAUAAUGUAGGUCACGCAAACGGAUGUGCAUGCGCAUGGUUUUCGGUUAGUUUCCCUCAUUACCCCAUGCCGCAGCUUGAUUUGGCCCAAGAAGUCGCUCACAGUCUCCCA